UUUGUGUGGAGCAUGGCUUUGAGGAGAGUGUCAGAACACAGGCGUAUUCCUGUCACGAUCUCAUCACUAUUUCUGCGUAACCCUGGCAACCCAAACUCCCCCAAAAACCGCAACACUACUACCAGUGGUCAAGAGCGACAGGCAUAUGCAGUCAUGCACUGUGCUCCUGGGUUGAUGUGGUUAGCAUUAUCACACUUGAUCAAUAACUAUUAAUGAAGGAAACCAUGGCUGAUUCAAGACGUGGCUCUUGCUCUGCGUUGCCAUGGAAACCAGAGCUGCAGAGCUGCAGGCUCGAAUUGGGAGUUGAUUUGAAAAGAAGAGAUCGAGAAGGAGGGGGUCUUUCAGCUGGAACUGGGGAGAAAGGUAGUCCAUAUAGUUAGAACCCAUAAACACAGGUAACCUAUUUUAUAACCUACUUUACUUAAAUGCAAAACAUAUAAUAGUAUAAAUAAAUGUAUUUGAUUAAGUAAAUAAAUUUUGUCUUAAGUCUUUUGGAGGCGUUUGUGUAGCUACUCCCUGCACGCCAUGGUCUGCUGUUGAUCCAAAUUAUGCUACAUGCGUAACGUUACAAUCUUGACGAUUCAUGUUGAUGGUCACAGCGCCCUCUGUUAAUGUGCGCUUCCGCUCCAAACCUGUAGAGGGCGACGGUGAGUCACACUUAUCACUACUAGAGUACACGAGGAAACCACUCACGUCGACGAACAAUCCCGCUCAUUCAGCAACAGUUCAGUGAUUUAAAACUUAGAUGCUACUGUAAAUAUUAAUGAAGCACUUUUUAAACUAAGGUUUAGUCAUAGAAUGCUUGCUUAGAGACUCGCGUGUGUCAUGACAGUUUCUUGCAUUGCCGAUAAAUCUGUAAUGGUUAAAUAUUGACGUGAUGACAGCGACGGCAAAUCCGUGUAACAUUUCUGCUGACCUGGAAAAGUUCAUUGUGAAAGAGGCUCCUCCAACUGUUUAUUAUGUUCCAAAUUUUAUAACGGAGGCUGAGGAGGAGUGUCUGUUGCAGCAGGUAUACAGAGCUCCCAAGCCCAAGUGGACCCAGUUGUCAGGGAGGAGGCUACAGAACUGGGGUGGAUUGCCAAAUCCCAAAGGAAUGCUUGCUGAGAAACUCCCUGAUUGGCUUCUAAAGUACACAGAGAAAAUAUCGUCUCUUGGAGCUUUUGCUGGAAAGACAGCUAAUCAUGUGCUUGUAAAUGAAUACAGGCCAGGGGAGGGAAUUAUGCCUCAUGAGGAUGGACCACUGUACCACCCCACUGUAACAACUAUCAGUCUGGGUUCUCAUACACUUCUGGAUUUCUACAAGCCUGUUUGUCAGACUCAGUCUGAAAUUCCUCAAACAGAAGAAAGUCGCUACAUGCUAUCACUGUUGGUACAACAAAGAAGUCUGCUGAUUCUCCAGGAUGACAUGUACAAGCUUUAUCUGCACGGUAUUCAGGGAGUUUGUGAGGAUAUUUUGUCAGAUCAUGUGGUGAACCUCUCAUCAACAGGGGCUCAGCUGGGGGACACGCUGACCCGUAGCACCAGAGUCUCUCUUACCAUUCGCAACGUUCCCAAAGUCAUCCGGGCCAGUUUGUUGCUUGGCAAGAAGUAAUACAUUCAGAGACUUGCCUGAACUUUGAACCAGACAAACAAGUUAUACAUGUUUACACCCUCAAAGCAAAGUGUGAAAAUGCAAUACACAAAGUGACUACAAUAUAUUAUUGUACAUGCAGAGCAUUAGUGUCUGUAAGGAUAUUUUACUAUAGAUACCUUACUGGGUGGCAUGUAUGUGACAGCCUUUGAAAUAUUUGUCCUCUCUAAGCUAAGUCUAUACAGGGUUGUCUAAUCUUUUACAGAUGGAUCUACAUGGACCAUUUUUAGCUUAAAGGUAAUAAAUGGAUGUUUUGCAACAUGAAUAAAUUGCUGUAUUUA